CCGCGCCGAGCCCUGCCUCAAGGCCCCGCCGCCUGGUGCGUGAAGGACACCACUCACUAAGGCGUCAUUCACUAGUUAUUGAGCCAAAUUUACCAAGAGAUGACGCCACCCUCGUACCCAACAGGUGUCUUCUCAGGCAUUGUAUUUGUAAAGGUCCUCCACCUGCCCUCCAUUGAUUGGUCCUCUGACAUUCCUGUUGGUAGUUCUUUACAUGAUGCAGUGUGUUGACUUUCGUGAUGGGCGUGAGGUUGUGUCCCUCCUAAAGGACCUGGAUACCACCCUGUGUGAGUUCAAGUCCCAUGAAUCCAUUGAGAACAUUUUCAUCAUGGACCAGCUGAAAAACCGCCUCAAACAACGCCAGAUAUCCAACACUGCCGUCUGUGAAUGCCACAACGACAACCAGCUGUCUGAUGUGGUGCAACUGGUGCGCCAGGGGACACAGGUGAGGGAGGGCAGUGUGGGUGAGCGCAUCACUUUUGGACAGCAGCUGCAACAGGCAUUUGGGGAUUUUGUCAACACUUUCCUUCCCCACAUGGAGGAGGAGGAGCAGGUGUUCCAGCCGCUGUUGGUGGAGUACUUUGAGUAUGAUGAGCUCAAGGUUCUGAAGGAGAUAGUACUCAAGGAGCAUGAGCUAGUAAAGGAGCAAGGAAAUGUUGAGAAAGCACAAGACCCAGAAGCAGAAAAACCAGAGACAGAUGGCUCUGUCAAGGACCUCAGGGACCUGGACUGGGACCUCUGCACCUUGACAGAGCCUCUUAAUGAGCAUGAGUCUCAAGAUUGUGGACUUGACUUCCACCCCCCUCCUCUCCCCUUGCCUCCUGAAGAACCCAUCUUCCCACCAGACCAUCUGGACAUCACCCAAGAGCUGUCCUCCUCAGCCAUCACUUACUACCCAGAACUCACUCAUCACUCCAUCCACACUCAGGCCUCUUGCCAAGUACAGCCAGAAUACACACAUGACAAAGACAUUCCAAUCAUGCAUUAUGCCUUUAAUUACCAAAGCAGCCACUUCCUCCAUGAAGAUUAUCAGAACCAACAAUGCAUCUCAUUUGAUAACAAAGGAUAUGAUCACACCCCACUCUCGGAGUGCACCACACCACCCUUAUCACCCCUCUCCUCCCACACCCCUAUCCUGCCCACAGAAGUCCUGGUAGAGAUCUUCAAACAUCUAACUCCCCCUGACCUGUGUAGGUGUGCUCAAGUGUGCUCCUCCUGGAACAAUGCCGUCUUCACCCCAGCCCUGUGGCCUGCCAUCUACCCGGUGCAGUGGGCUCAAGGCAUCUGGGAGAGUCGUGACGUGGGGCUCUGCGGGGCCCUGGAGGAUGAGGCACAGAAGCAUCAGCGGGGUGGUGGCAGCAUUGGGAAAUGGGACGAAGAUGCAGAUGUGGAUGAGUCUGAGAGAGGAGAGGAGUCCCAGGAGUCAGUGCAGGAGUGUGGAGUUAUGGAGGGCUUGGUGUGGUUUGUGUUGCCUCGGGUUGGAGCAGGCGUCAGCACACUAGUAGUGGAUGCUGGCCGGGGCAUCUCCUCCCGCCUCCUGCAACAAGCCCUCCUUCUGUGCCCAAACCUUGUCUCCUUCUCUGCUGCUCAUACAUCCAUAGACUCCUAUGCCUUCAAAGGGCUGUGGCUUCAUGGUGCCCUCAAGAAGCUGCGUCACUUAGACUUGCAGGGAUGUGAGAUGGUCGACGAUUUGGCCCUCCAGUACUUGGCUUUGUGUGUGGGCCAAGGCAACUCCCACAGCACCAUGCCCUUGCCUGCACCACCCUGCCUGGAAGAAGAAUGGAUCUAUGAGGGUGGAUACUGCCACUGUGGGUACUCAGGUCCUGCAUGGCCCAACAUGCCCUGUCAAGGAAAAAACCGGGGGAAAAAGGAUGCACAGGGAAUAAUGGAAUACAACCUUCGGUCCUCCCACGUGGACAUUGAGGAAAUCCACUGCCCUUCUAGAGGUUCUGGAGGCUGGGAGAUGAUAAUGGGGGAUGCCUUCUGCAAGAAUUCCAAUCAACCCUACUCUUUCAAGCAUCCAACCCCCCAGCUGGCAUCCCUCAAUCUGUCAGGGUGUUGGCGCAUUAGAGACAAAGGGCUGCUGGCUUGUGGGGAUGCUGGUGCACUCCUAGGCUUGACAUUCCUGGAUGUGAGUGGGUGUUACCAGCUUACUGGACGAGGACUGGAGUCUGUAGCUCGUGUGUGCCCAUCGCUUCCUCCCCAGCAGUUGUGGUACUGUGAUGACAUCAUGGAUGGUCCCUUCCCUACCAUGGCAAAUGGGUGUGCCAACCUUGCCAACCCAGUGAGAAUAUGCUGCCGAGGUGGCCAGUAAAGUAAAGGGUGGACCAGUCACACACAGUGCCAGAUUUUCUGGGUGUGAUUUUUAUCCCUUCUGGAGUGGUUUCUAUGCCACUCUAUCAGCUGUCGGAUGAAGGGACAACACAGCACCAGCCACAGCUGCUUCUUGCCCUCUGGAAGAUGACUUGUGAAUCCCAACUCACAAACCUUAUAGUAACUUCAAAGUAAUUAGUCUGAGCUGCUCUGAUUUACUUGUGUGCUCUUACUGAUACUGUAUGUUUCACUGAAUAUAAAAACUGCUAGUCAUCCAUCUAGUUGAGCUUAUGUUAUGUAAUGUUUUAUUCUUGGUAACAGAUAUUAUGGACUAAGGUCUGGCAGUUGUCAAUCUGUCUUAUCAACCCCUUCACUACGGCCGGGCGAAAACAGCGCCCCGCGUCGUAUCCAGGAUCGCCGCGCGCGCCAAAUUUCAAAUAUUGCUAUUGAAUAUAACAAGCUUUCAGCCAUAAACUCAACACAAUCAUCAUGUAUUAUAUAUGAAAACAUGCAGAAUUAAAUGGUGCACAUAAAGAAGCAUAAAUUAAUUGAUAAUUUUGAGAUGUAAGCAUAAAUAUAAAGAUAAAAUAACUCGUAUAUUGGCUAAAGCGCGCCAGGACGCAGUAUGCGUGUCCUCGGAUAUGGUACGGGGCACGCAAGGACGCAGUAUAUGUGUCCUCGUGUUGAAGGGGUUAAACAAGUAGGUUUUUGUGCAUCUUAUAAUGACUUUCAACUGACUGUUUAACCCCUCAACGACAGGGAUGUUUUUGUCUUUUCUCAGAAAUUGCUCUUCUUUCAUUAUCAAUUUAUCAGCUCUGCCUCAACCUAUAGCUUGAAUUUUAAUAGUAUAGUAAUUAUUCAUCAUCCUCUUUCAAUCUGCUUCAUAGCCAGUCUCUAGGCCAAGUGGUAUUGCUGUGGUGAAGUUAUGAAGUGGAGUAACUCUGCCUACAGCAGGCAGAGUGCUGCUUGAGAUACUGCGGUGGGGUGGGGUGAGUUGCCACCUACUCCUGCACACUCAUUUUCCUUAUCCUCUUGCAAAGAAUCUUACACAUGAGAAACUAGAAAUGCAUGUGCAGCUGCAUCUGCCAUCAAGGAAAGACUGAGGGGAUGAGUCAAGUAUUACCCCUGGAGGCACGCUGACACAUAAAUUCCCCGUGUCAAGUUCAAAUCAAGCCCAGGAAAGGCAGACCAGGAAAACCUAUCACCCAACCUUCAGGGAUUAAUGCAAAAUUACAAACCUCCCUCUAUUUUUUUCUAUUUAAUCAUUUAUCUGAUACAUUAAGUGGUUUACCUGGAAAUGUUAUCAUGUUAAAGUAGAUGCAAGGCAACACUUUUUUUUCUGCAGACCUCAGGUAAGCUGCUACUGCUGUAGGCUUAGACCACAGGUCUUGAAGAGAGGGUCAUGGUCUGCUCAGUUUGUUUUUAUUUGUACCACACAACAACUCUUUUGUCACUCUCAGCUCUCAAGAUGAUCCCGAAGCCAAAAAGAAAAUCUAUGGCACAUCACUACAGCAGUACAGUAUCCAGUCAUAACUCUUCCUGCAGCAGAAAGUCAUCCAUUAUAUUACCUUUAAUCAUACUGUUACUUAAUCUGCAACCACUAAUUACAUGUAAAUAAAUUGGGAAAUCAUAAUUAUCAUUGGUGACAGUCUCAAAUUAUGGAGUCAUAAAACAUGACCUUUUGACAAUACUACUUUGGUUGAGGGGAGAUGUGUUCCUUCUAGUUGCCUUGUUUAACAUGCAGUGGAACAGCAUAUUAUUGAUCCACUUGUCAGGGUCAGUAAACAAUUUAAACAAGUUUAUAGUGAAGGCUGUGAAGUAUCAUUGUGGAGUACAUAUAAAAAAAAACUUAGGCACACAUUAUUCUCAGUAUAAAAGGAAUUGUCUAUGUGAACAGAUCUGGAGUGACUAUACCAAAUUUUUAAUGAAUUUACAACAUAUUCAUAAAUGUUUGGUGGAGCAUCUGAACCUUUUCCAACCCCAGCAUCCUCUAUGGUUAUUUUUUUAUUUAAUUCAAAAUACCAAAGUAACAUAUAACUUGCACUGUUACCAGAACAAAAGACAAAACCUUUUCAUAACACCUUCUUAAAUCCAUGUUGAUAUAAUGUCUUAUAUAUUUUAAUAUUCCUAAAUCCCAUGUUACGACUCCAAGAUCUGUAUUCCGAAAGUCCAGUAGGUGAUGGAUCAACAUCCAUCACCUACCUACCUACUGUCUUGUAUUUGAUUCUCAAGUGCAGCUCAGACCCAACACCAAAGAUGUGGCAGUGUUGAGGCAGGUGUGUGCAGUGUGCUCAGAAGCCACUUACUCUUUGUGCUGUAGUAAAGAAAGAUUUUGCUUUGUUCUACAAUUUAAGUUUUCUUCUACUGAUGAAGCAUGAGUGUCUGAAAGAGGGAAUGGCCAGGGCUAAUACAUCAUAUUAGCAUGUAAGCUGCAGAAGAUGAAGAAACUUUAAGCUUGUGUGUAACAAACUGUAGUACUUUUGGGCCAUGCUUACACAAGUUGAAAUAACUCGGCCAGUAUUUGAACCAUUUAUUUACUCUUAUGUUUACUGAGCGAGGUACCAGUAGACAUUGAGCAGUUCAAAUACUGGCUGUAGUACUUUUAUCAAAUCACAGCAUACAUUUGCCACCCUUUAGUAAAUACACAGAUGUGAAAAAUACUUAAACUCAGUGUAGUGGCAGAGCUUUUCUUUACUACAGCCAACUUUAUAUGGCAGUAGUAGUGAGUGAUUUAUUAGUGUUUUGGAGAUGCUGUAGGAAUUGGGUGUUGAGGGUUUGGUGUUGUGACCUAGAGGGAACCACCAUGAUGACAAACCCUCAAGAAUGCAUCAUUUUGUAAAGCUUUGUCAGCACUACAAGCAUCUAGCUGUUCCAUGGUUACUUCCCUCAGUUAUGGUAGUGAGUUCAUGUAAGAUUAAAAGUACUAUAUGUACUCAUGCAAAAUUGACUGCCUUUCGGCUAUAAUAUGUUUGAUGGAGGGAUGAAUUUAACCCCUUAUGGAAAACUGUAUCCAUGAAAGAAUCAACUCCCUAAAGUUGAACAUAAAAAAAAAAAAUAAUAAUAAUAAUAAUAAUAAUAAUAAUUUGAAAAGUUCAACUUUUACAAGAUUAUGUAGUGUUCAUCAGUUAGCCAUCAACUGAAAGAGGAGUAAUCUAGUGCAACAAGACUACCUAAUCAACCCUCCAUACUUGUAAAUUUCCAUAUGUAAAGUCAUUCAAGCAAUGGUGACACUUAAAAGAUGAUAAGGCACUUGUGUACAGUAUCAACAUGCACACACAAACACAAAUCCAGACACAAAUCCAGAUGAGCAUCCAGGGGAGUGAACUGGUGCUAGAAGCCUCCCCUUCAGUGUUUAGUCACAAGUCACUCAGCUGUAUCAGGAAAUUAGUUUGUCAUUAUCUUUUGUGUUUACAGUAAUAUCCUUAAAAUUAGUAUGGGAGCUAAUUGUCCUAAACCUGUAUAUAUUUAUAUUCAGACAGUCCAGAAGGCCUACUGACAUUACUUUUAAGUCUUUCUGCAUAGCUGCAUUUCUUUUGUUUAUAUGUAUGGUGAUGGUGCUUUGCCAGCCAUCUGAAAGAUGAGCUUGAUUAGCUUAGAUCCGGGGAACUUUAACCAAUUUACAAAUAUAUUUUGAAAGGUUAUAAAAAAAUGUUACUGCACUGUAUUUACAUCAGUGGGUUUUAUAGCAGGGGUUUCUAAACUGCUUGUCUGAUUUUUUUUUAAGAGCACAGAAAAAAAUAAUUCUGAAUGAGUUGCCCUUGGGGCCUUCCUCAGUGGUCCAAAAACAUAAAGGAAACUCUUGUUCCCAUUUUUUUAUUAUACUGAACAUUGAACAUUUCUGAAAGUGCAAAUGUUAUUUUUUAUAAUAAUAAUAAUAAUAAUAAUAAUAAUAAUAACUAAAGUAUUGAUGUGAUCAACAAAUUGUAGGAAAAAACUGUCCAUGAAAUUUUUCAAGAUAAUGAAGGUAAACAUCCAGCUGGUGCUCCUGAGUACAAACACUAUAAACACUCCAACACCACCAACAGUGUGCACCAGUGCACACUGUUGGUGAGCAGUGGGGCUCAGGAGCAUCAGAUUGGGAAUCUAUGGGUUUAGUUAUCACAAUUACCAAUGAGAAGUGUUUGAGGGAAGUAUUUGUUUCAAUUUAGAAAAUCAUGCCUCCUGUAAGUUGUCAAGAAGCAUUGUAAAAAAAUCAUGGUCAUCCCAUCAUUGUUUAUGCACACUGUAUAGUAUUGGUAAGGCAGUAAACACCAGUUGCUAAUUUUAAGCAGAGUGAUAUAAUAUUAUGAUCAAAUGGUACCUGAGUAAAAGUGGAAAAUUA